GUUACUGUGCAAGAACCGGAGGAGAGGCCAGACGGGUGUGACAUAAACGUCAAGUGGCACAGAAGGCCGCGCCCCUUCCGUUGCGACGGAGCUGCUUGAAUCAGGUUGACGUUUCGGCACAGCGCCCAAGAAGAUCGCCCAGUCUUGCUUUGCAGCCAGACAGAAAUACAGUACUUGCGAGGUAGUAGUCGUAUGUGCCCGACGGCGCCCGCCACGACGCUACUCGUGCUCGAGGCCAUCACGGCCGUCGUCGUCGCCUGGCGCGUCGCCUACCACGUGCGCAUCGAGAGCCAUUGGCGCCGCACGACCCUGCACCUCGUGCUACUGCUCGCAUGCAUCGGGCGCCUCGUCUUUUGGCUUGGCCUCCGCGACGACGACGACGCGACAGGAGCCAAUCGCUUUGCCAUCGGGCUCGGGCUCCUCUGCGUCGCAUGGGCUGCCACGUACGUAUGCGUCACCGAGGUUGUUGUGCAAUGGUCGACGGCCCUCGCCGCCGGCCGCGUCUCGCACGGCCAGCCCGCCUGCGCCAAUCUCGGCGUCCACAGCCUCGUCGCGCUCAACGCCCUCCAUGCGUUGACGCUUGUCGUCUGCCCGUUUCUCCUUCCGCGCAGUGCGUCGCGGGCGGACACGCUGCGCUUUCUCGACGACCAUCCCGCGGCCGUGCGGUCGAUUGCGAUCGUGCACAUUGCGACCGGCGUUGCUAAUGCCGUCGCGACCGCCGUCGUCGGCGCGCAGCUGCAAGGCCGCGUCGGUGCGUCGACGCUCCGCCACAAGGACCGGUCCCAGCGCAUGACGGUGCUCUUCACGCUCUCGCUGGUCCUGGCGCUCGGGCUCGACCUCGGGUACCUCCUCGCGCUUGCGCUGCGCGCCAACGCCGACGCGCUCGUUUGCGCGUCCAACGCGAUUCCCAUGAUCUUUGUCUCGGGCGUGCUGGUCACGGCGACGUUCCUAUAUCUCAUGCGGCGGCUGUUGCCCAAGACACCAGCGCGGCUCGUGACGAGUCCGGUCGAGACCGCGCGCUGCGACGCGGCAAGCAGCCAAUACCUCUCGGGGCGCCAAACCAGCAACAUCCUGCACAGCUACGCCCUCGAGGACGACGCGCCAUCGUCGGUGCCACCGAUCCCGAUCAUGGGCUACGGCUAUGGCUAUGAUGCGCCAGCCGCUAUCUUUUUGAGCGACGUAAGACGAGGCGAUGUUGUUUAAGCUGCUACGCUGUUGCGGUCGCCGGACGCAGCGCACGGGCGACGUUGGGGAGCCCGUGGCCGUAAAUGUUGUUGGGGUA